AACUGGCAUCGACUGUCUUGCGUAGUUGGGGAUGCAGUUGUUGGAGCCUUACAUGUUGAAUUUGAUAAAAGAUUCAACAGAAGAGAAAAGUUCUUUCUGAGCUUCUCUCUCAUGGCUGCUGUACUGUUGUUUUUUCUCAUUUCUGUAUUUUCUUCAUUAGCAGCUGCUCAACAAAGAUCAUCUAAUAUAAGCUUGGGCUCGUCUCUCUCCCCCACCAAAACCCCAUCAUGGCUCUCACCUUCUGGCCGAUUUGCUUUCGGGUUUUACCCAUACGGCGAUAGCUUUGCUGUUGGAAUUUGGUUUGCCGGAAUUCCCCAAAAAACAGUCAUUUGGACUGCAAAUAGACAAGACCCGCCAGUGCCAGGAAAUACUACGUUAGUCUUGCAAAAUGACGGUAGACUCAUCUUGCAAUCCGCACAAAACCAAACCAUCAAAUCCAUCGCUGAAGGUCCCCAAUCCGCCUCUUUUGCUUCUAUGCUUGACUCCGGCAACUUUGUUCUUUAUACUUCAAGCGGGGUUGUCGUAUGGCAAAGCUUUGACAAUCCGACGGACACUCUUUUACCUGGUCAGCCUCUAAAAGUUGGAUCAGAACUCUUCUCUAGCGUCUCAGAAAUCGACCACUCGAGAGGAAGAUUUCGGCUCAAGAUGCAGGACGAUGGAAAUCUGGUGCAGUACCCCGUAGACACUCCAGACACGGCCCCUUACUCUUAUUGGGCUUCAGGUACCAAUGGCCAAGGAAACAACGUUAGUUUAAAUUUUGACAGUGAUGGCCACCUCUACUUGCUCAAUGGCACCAGUUUCAACAUAAGGAAUGUAACAAACGGUGGUUUUGCCACCGGAAAGACGAUGGUUUACCGCAUGACGAUCGAUGUCGAUGGGCUCUUCCGGCUCUAUUCAACCAAUUUGAAUGGAAAUAGCAGUGAUUGGUCAAUGGUAUGGAAUUCAACGAGUAAUUUUUGUGAUCCCAAGGGACUAUGCGGCAUGAAUGCAUAUUGUAUUCUCAUGGAUCAAAAAUCUGAUUGCAGAUGUCUACCUGGUUUCGAUUUCAUUGACAGAAAUCAACGUACUUGGGGCUGCACGUGGAAACUUAGUGCAGAGAAUACUUGUGGAAGUGAGAACCAAAACAUCGACUACAGCAUGAUCUCUUUGGACCAAACCACAUGGGAAGAUGAUCCGUAUGCUAUUUUAUCGCCCAUUACCAGUGAAGAAGACUGCAAAAACGCCUGUUUGGAGGACUGCAACUGCGACGUUGCAGUUUUUAAUAAACAAGAUUGCAGAAAACAGAAGCUUCCGUUGAGAUAUGGAAGAAGGAAUCUUGGUGAUUCGACCAUGGUUUAUGUCAAGGUAGGAAGCGGAAGCGAAAUAAAUGGCACCACCAUAUCCCACCAAAACAAGAAAGAACAGCGAAAGGACAUUCUGAUAAUCGGAGUGGUAUUUUUCGUUUGUGCAUUCAUUUUGCUAGCGUUUUCUGUUGUUAUUAGUUACAGGAACCGUGUUUGGGCGUAUAAAAGGAUCUUGGAUCCGGGAAGUAUAGGACUAACCGAGGAGAUUGCUCUACGAUCAUUUACCAUCGCUGAGCUCCAAAAACUUACAGAAGGUUUCAAGGAAGAGGUGGGCAGGGGAGCUUUCGGAACGGUUUUCAAAGGAACUUUGCCAAAUGGCCACAUCCAGAGGAUUGUCGCUGUCAAGAGACUGGAGAAGAUGUUGGAUGAAGGAGAGAGGGAGUUUCAGACUGAGAUACGCGUGAUUGCCAAAACCCAUCAUAGAAAUUUAGUCCGAUUGGUUGGUUACUGCAACGAUGGUCCUAAUAAGCUUCUGGUGUAUGAGUACAUGAGCAAUGGAUCACUUGCAGAUCUCCUCUUCACAAAGGAAAGACGACCAAAUUGGGAUGAAAGGGUGGGAAUUGCUUUGAAAAUAGCUAGAGGCAUUCUAUAUUUGCACGAUGAAUGCGAGACUCAAAUCAUCCACUGCGACAUAAAGCCUCAAAACAUACUCAUGGAUGAGUUCAAUUGUCCAAAGAUAGCCGAUUUCGGAUUAGCAAAGCUGUUGAAGCCAGACCAAAGUGGGACCUUUACAGCAAUCAGAGGGACAAGGGGAUAUGUGGCACCGGAGUGGCACCGGAACAUGCCCAUAACAGUCAAGGCAGAUAUCUACAGCUUUGGGGUCGUCUUGUUAGAACUAGUAUGUUGUCGUCGCAGUGUGGAUGUUAAUGUUCCUGAGGAUGAGAUUGUCCUUACAGAUUGGGUCUAUGACUGUUUCAAGGCUGGUGAGUUGCAGAAACUGGUUGGUGAUGAAGUGGUGGACAAGAAAAGAUUGGAGAGGAUGGUCAGCGUGGGCCUGUGGUGCAUUCAAGACGAGCCAUCACUUCGGCCAUUCAUGAAAAAGGUGGUUUUGAUGUUGGAAGGGACUGUAGAUAUACCAGUUCCUCCUAGUCCUUCUUCUUUUUUCAGUACCAUCUAAGUCCUGCCGGAUUUAUUUAUUUGGUAAAAAAGUCAUGCAUGGUUUAACUAAAUUUGAUCCAGUUACUGUAAUUUCACUUAGCUUGUAUCUGAACGUCUGUUUGUAAUAACUGAAAUGAUCAGAGAAGUCAUCUCC